UAGCCACGAAAGCACUGAAAACGUUGCUAUCUCUGCAGUGAUUAGAACGAAAACUAAAUUGCGGAAUAGACUGGACAUAAGGAACCCCGUUCGACUAUCGCUGUCUCCCACCACCCCUCGAUGGCACCGUCUUGUUGCAGGAAAACAAGCCCAGGGCUCCCACUGAUUCAGCGAUAUUGAAAGAACAGACAUGUUUACAUUACGCUAUAAGGAGAAGAUUCACUUUUCUGGACUAUCUGUUAAUCAUCAUCUUGAUGCCUGUCUUGCUCCUGGGCUACAUUAUAAUGGAAUCAAAGAAGAGUCGUAAUGAGACAUUGAUCAAGUUACUGUUGAGUGCUAAAGUGGAUGUAAAUGCAACAGACAAUAAAGGUAAUUCGGCUCUUCAUUAUGCAUGCCAAAUGAAAAAUAAGAGUAUUGUCUCCAUUCUCAUUAAAGCAAAUGCGGAUGUAUCCAUUGCCAAUAAGAAUGGAGAAACUCCUCUGGAUAUAGCAACAAAAUUGAAGAUUCCAAUAAUUUUCGCUGUGCUGUGGAAGGAGGCCUGAAGUUUUCUGGAAUCAAUGGUUGUA